AUGACCGUAGACCGCGACGGUCAAGAAGUCAUCUGGGACACCGGUGCCUCAGAUAAUGUCACUGGGGACAGGUACGCACUGUUUGACUUCACAUUGCUAGAACAACCGAUUGCUGUCAAGGUUGCCACUGACUUGGCGUGUGAUUUCAUCACAGGUACGGGUACUUUGAGAUUUGCCGGGAUGAACAAAAUGACUAUCGCUGUUAAGAAGGUCUAUUACUAUGAGCGAGCAAGGUCCACUCUACUUUCCAUUGCUGCGUUCAAGAAAUCAAAUGCUCAGUUCAAAGUAAACACUAAUUUUGACUCUAUUGAUCUGCUAUCUAGCGACGGAAAAGUUCUCCUCCGAAGCAUAUUCAAUGCGACAAAAAACUCGUGGCCGGUGAUUCGACCUAUGCGUGCUUUCUCUUCCCUUCCCUACUGCCCAUCUACUUUGUUUCCCAACUGUUUCUCACCUGCAAUUGAGGCACAUGCCGUUUUCAAGUCACCUACUCUGGUUGAACAUAGCCAGUUCACAUGGAACGCUGAGGAUCUUACUGCAGAUGAGAAGACCCUCCUUUUUUGGCAUUGGUUGUUUGGACAUGCUAGCCUCAGGAAAAUAAGGAGAAUGGUCAAGCUUCAGCUUGGAUAUGGUUUGCCUGCAACAAUGCCCAGAGGCUCCAUCAAAUGCCCCGUGUGCGCCAUAUGCAAAGCAACUAGGACGUCAGCACUCGGUCCUUCAAAUUGUGUGUCUGGUAAGUUAUCUGUAGUUUGUGUCAACCUAAUGGGCCCUUUCGACACACCAACGCUGAGCGGCGGAAAAUAUGCGCUAACUAUUCGAGAUGUGUACACGUCUUACAGUGAAGUAAAGAUUUUAAAAACAAAAGGGGAAGCGGCGGCGAUACUGAUGCAAACCGUAACGCAAUGGGAAACUCAGACCGACAGCAAAUUGAAAAUACUACAAUCUGACAACGGUGGUGAAUUUGACUCAAAAGUCCUUGGGGAUUUCCUCAGUAAGAAAGGUGUCGUGGCUGAACGGUCCUUGCCAUAUCACCAUUUCCAAAAUGGAGCAGCGGAGUGCUACAACCGUACGGUCUCCGAUGGGACAGCCUACGUCCUUGUGGCACCGGAGAAACAAAAGAAAUUGGACGGCCGAGCAGUUGAAGGGCUAGUUGUAGGACACCUGGCGGAGUCGAAAGGCUGGACGUUCUGGCUCCCUGCAACCAAGAAGCUGGUAUCCUCCGCUUGGGCGGAAUUUGGACGCAACGCUCUACCGUUGACCGCGGUCGUGGCGACUUCUGGAGACUUGAAGAAGGCUGAAAUGCUACCAUUGAUCACCAAACCUGCGGCAGAAUCAAGACAUCUGGAGCUGGGUGACUUCACCGAAGAGCGUCAAGUUGAACUCCAAGAAGAGGCAGUUGAUGCGGUAUUAAAGGAUUGUCACGAUGAGUCCAACGAGAUCCCGUCGUCUUUCAAAGAAGCUAUGCGAUCCAAAGAUGCAGCGCGAUGGAAGGAGGCUAUCAAUACCAAAUUGGCCAACCUGAAGAGAAAAUCAGUUUGGAAGACCAAUUCCAAUGGUUCCAUCAAGUUCAAGGUGCUUUACGUAGCCAAAGGAUUUAAUCAAAAGGAGGGGACUGAUUUUGCGCACACGUUUGCACCAACGGCGACCUUCACAUUGAUGCGCAUCCUGCUUACUCUGGCAGCAAAGAAUAACUGGCCCGUCUACAACUUUGAUUUCGUGGCGGCUUACCUGAAUGCGCCCAUCGAUGAAGAAGUAUGGGUACAGGCGCCUGAAGGGCUAGACGUCGAAGCAGGGGAAGCGUGCCUUCUGAAGAAGGCACUUUACGGGAUGAAAAAAGCUGCUCGAUGCUGGUGGAAACACCUGCGCGGUACUCUAGCUGAUCUGGGUUACAUAUCCAGUUAUUAUGACUCAAGUGUUUACACUCUCAGCAAAAAGGUCAACCGUUCAAUAAUUUGGGUUCACGUUGACAAUGGUAUUGUCACCGGCUCCUCUGAUGAGGCACUCAAACUACUUGAAACACAAUUAAAAGGAAGUUUGGAAAUCAAGUGGGAAGAAGGUCUUUCAAGCAUGGUGGGAGUCAAGAUCACGCGUACGGAAGAUGGUUUUGAACUACGACAACCUUGUCUGAUCUCGAAAAUCCUGAAUAAACGAUGGGAUGGUGUCUCUCUUGCAUCAUCUCCGCUCCCGGAAGGGUAUUCUGCUAACUCUGACGACAAAGAGCCGGGAGUGAACAGUACGGAUUACUUAUCUGCUAUUGGCAGUCUCAGCUAUGUUGCUGUUGGAACUAGACCCGAUAUCACGUACAGUGUGAACUAUCUUGCACAUUUCUCAGCCCGACCCUCAACGAUCCACUGGAAAGGCCUACGCCAUCUGAUCAACUACCUAGCAAAAUCAAGGGACAUGCCACUGAAGAUCCAACCGUCUAAGAUUUGCCAUUCACCGGUGAAUUGCUACGUCGAUGCAAACUGGGGAGGUCCCAACUCCAGAUCAUCAUACGGUGUACUCAUUUGA